AGAUGAAAUAAAAAUUAAAUAGGAAUUGUCUUUGGAUAAUUAAGAAUUCACUUUGGAACCUUAAUUCUAUAUUCACACUAAACAUCAUGAACCUAUUUGUUACAUCUUGAUAUCAGAUAUUCGAUCUUACAAUAACCAGUUAAUGAUCUUAGGCAGUCCAUUUAUGAGAAAUUAUUACACUAUAUUUGAUAAACAAAGUAGUUAGUUCGGUUUAGGUGAAUCCAUUAAUUAUACAGAAUCACACCCAACAAGGAAUUUGCUUAAGAACUUCCUUGCUUUGAUUAUCUGCACCAUUAUUGCCAUUGGAAUAAUAAAGGUCAUCAAUUAUA